AUGGAGUCUGUUGACAUGGAUUUGACUUGUAUUUCAUCCACACAGGAAGAAACAUUAAGAGAACCAGAUCAGCAAACUAUAAAAGUGUACCUCCGAGUUAGACCUUUCUCUAAAGAGGAGCUCUCUGACAAUGAGGAUCAGGGUUGUGUAGUGAUAGAAAAUGACCAGAUGGUGACGCUGCAGGCCCCGAAAGGUUCUGCCACCUUAAAGAGCAGCGAGAAGGGGGUCGGCACGUCUGUUCACAAAUUUUCAUUUUCCAAGAUUUUUGGCCCAGAAACGACCCAGGCUGAGCUAUAUGAUCACACUGUCAGCAGCCAAAUGUCAGAUUUCCUGGAUGGGAAGAAUGUGCUGAUCUUCAGCUAUGGUGUCACUAAUGCGGGUAAAACAUUCACAAUGCAAGGAACUUCAAAAGAGCCAGGAAUAUUGCCUCGAGUUUUGGAUGCCACCUUUCAGUAUAUCAGAGGGCGACAGUAUUGGGGCAUGGAUGUGAAGCCCUACCUCAGGAAUGACACGCGGUGUCUGGAUAUUGACCAAGUCAAGCAGGAGAAAAGUGUUAAAGCUGCCAUUUUAGCAUUAUUUAAAGAGGAAUGUGAUCCCAUGAGAACCCACUCUGGAUCAGACUUGUCCUGUCUUUCCUCUCUCUCUGAUACGACGGAGAGCUGCCAGUUUGCUUUAUGGCUGGGAUUCUUUGAAAUCUACAAUGAGUAUGUCUACGAUCUCUUUCAACCAUCCUUCUGCUCCAAGUCCAAGAAACGUGCUGCACUCCGUGUUUGUGACGACGGUGCUGGAAAUGCUUAUGUUAAAGAUCUUCGAUGGAUCAAUGUCCUGAGUUUGUCUGAAGCCAGCAAACUGCUGCAAUAUGGCAACAAAAACCGAAGUGCUGCUGCCACCAAGAUAAACCAGUCCUCGAGCAGAAGCCACGCUAUAUUUACCAUGAAGCUGCUGAAGGUGGAAAGCAACGCUGUUAAAUGGAUAUCGGAGUUUUCUCUGUGUGAUUUGGCUGGCUCAGAAAGAUGCAACACAACCAAAACAUUUGGGGAGAGGCUUAAGGAAGCUGGAAACAUUAACAACUCUCUCCUCACCCUGGGAAAGUGCAUCAUGGCUCUGCGCAGCAAUCAGACUGAAAGAAUGAAGAGCAUCUCCAUCCCUUUUCGAGAGAGCAAGCUUACCAAGCUUUUUCAGGCUGUUUUCUGUGGCAAAGGAAGGGCUUCAAUGAUUGUUAACGUUAACCAGUGCGCCUCUACAUAUGAUGAGACGCUUCAUGUCAUGAAGUUUUCUGCUGUAGCCAAACAAGUGGUGCAGGUGAUCCCAGAUAAGCCUCUGGACUCCCUCUCUCGCUGUCUGGUGGGUCCAAAUGGGAAAUCUCUAGUAAGGAAUGGCAUGAUGGACAGGGAGGCCCUGGAAAGCUUCCUGUCUGAAGAUGAGCUGCUGAAUGAAGACACUGAUGCUGACAUGUCCUUACUGACGCAGAACGAGCUAGUUGACACCAUUGAAAGCCUCCGAACAAAACUGCUGGCCGAGCGCAGACGAAACCUGGAACAGGAAAUUGAGAUCCGAAAGGAAAUGGGUGACGCCAUGUUACAACAGAUCAUGAAGAGUCAGGAACUCCACAGUCAACAGAUUGAAGAGCUGAAGGAGAGCUACCAAGAAAAGAUGGAGAACACUUUUGAGAUGUAUAAGGACGCUAUCAAAGAACAUGCUUACAAAAGUGCCAUGAGCAACUUGGAAGAUGACUAUGUGCCUCUUGACAAGUUCAUUGCAGAGCAGGAGAAAGUUGAGGCUCUCAAACUGCAGCUUUCAAAGUUGGCAUCUGGUACCAGAAUAGGCAAUAUUGCUCCUGUGGACGUGUCAUGUCAGAGUUACCAACCAUUGAAAGACUUUGAAGCUGAAGGCAAGGAACGUUUCAAUCAUCUCUGCAUGGAGAAAAGUGCCUUAGAACGAAUAUGUGAAGAUAAGCAACAGUUGAUAGUGUCCUUGGAGAAACGACUGACAGAAGUCAGUGAAACCCUUCAAAAGGUUCGAGACCACUCUCUGGAGAAAUCAGCUGAACUAGAGGCUCUUCAUGUGAAGAAUAAAGAUCAGAUAAAUUCCACACAGGAAAUGAUUCAUCAAUCCUUGGAGAAAGACAAGGAAAUUGCCUCCCUAAAGGCAGAAAUCUCCACUCUUACUGCAAAGUUGACUUUGCAGCCUGGAACCAAGAAAAGUUUUUUUGCCAACAUCAGGGAAGUGGUUACACCACCUCGCAGUUCCGAAAGCUGGAAACUCAGGAAAACUACAAAGACGCCACGACAGUGA